AUGUUCAGCAAAAUCGUAGCCCUCAGCGCUCUGUUGGCCGCUGCUAACGCCGGCUACUACGGCCACGGUCACACCGUGUCUUCCCAAAGCAUCAUCCGUCACGAUGAGCCCGUACACUACGCCGCUCCCGUAGCUCACUACGCCGCGCCCAUUGCUCACUACGCUGCUCCUAUCGCCCACUACGCCGCCCCUGCCGCUCACUACGACGGCCACGACACCUACGUUAGUAACAUUACCGCCGCACCUAUACAAAUACGGCUACAUUUUAUUUCUGCUCGCCCCAAAUACGACUUCUCGUACUCCGUGGCCGACCCCCACACCGGCGACCACAAGUCCCAGCACGAGAGCCGCGACGGAGACUCCGUGCACGGAUACUACUCUCUGGCUCAACCUGACGGCUCCAUCCGCAAGGUCGAGUACACCGCUGACGCCCACAACGGUUUCAACGCUGUGGUGCACAACUCUGCCCCCUCUGUGCACCCCGCCCCCGUCCACGGACACAACUACCACCAUUACUAAAAUUAAUAUUUGACUGAUUGAGUGCCUAUUUAUUUUAUAUUUACGUAACAAGCAUAUCGUGUAAGUAGCAUGCAACCCUUGAAUAAAUGAGUGAAACAAUUAAAA